AUUUCUCAGGGAAAAGGCUGAAAGCGUUAGGCAUUGGCACUGGCUACGAUGGAGAGCACAGAACGUAACACACCCCAGGAUGGAGCUGCACCAUCAAGUAGUCAGCGGGCUAUGGGUCAAGACGGCUUGAUUGAAGCUGUUAAAAGGGGAGAUGUUGACAGGAUCCAGCAAUUGCUGGAAGAAGGAGCUGAUGUUAAUGUCUGUGACAGUUGGGGCUGGACACCUUUGCACAACGCAGUGCAGUCUGGCCGGGUAGACAUUGUGGAACUCCUGCUUGAUCAUGGUGCUGACCCGCGUCGGAGGAAAAGGAACGGGGCCACACCCUUGAUCAUUGCCGGGAUCCGCGGGGAUGUAAGGCUGCUGCAGAUUCUCUUGUCUAAGGGUGCAGAGGUCAGUGAAUGUGACUUUAAUGGCUUCACGGCUUUCAUGGAAGCUGCCGAGUAUGGUAAAGUCGAAGCCUUAAGAUUCCUCUUUGAUAAAGGAGCCAAUGUGAAUUUGAGGCGGGAGACAACGGAGGACAAACUGCGACUGAAGCAAGGGGGCGCCACAGCUCUCAUGAGUGCUGCUGAAAACGGCCGCACAGAAGUCUUGAGUAUUCUCCUCAAUGAUAUGGGGGCGGAAGUCGAUGCUCGGGACAAUAUGGGUAGAAAUGCCUUGAUCCGUACUCUGCUGAACCGUGACGGUGAAAAUGUGGAGGAGAUCACUAACCUUCUGCUCCGGCACGGAGCUGAUGUUAACGCGAGAGGAGAAAGAGGGAAGACGCCCCUGAUCUCGGCAGUGGAAAGGAAGCACGCAGGUUUGGUGAAGAUGCUCCUGAGUCGGGAGGGCAUAAACAUCGAUGACAAAGAUAGUGAGGGCAAGACAGCUCUGCUGAUUGCGGUUGAACUCAAACAGAAGGAAAUCGUCCAGUUGCUGUGUGAAAAGGGAGCCAACACCAAGUGUGGGGAUCUUGUUGGGAUAGCCACUCGGAAUUACGACCACUCGCUUGUACAGCUUCUUCUCAGCUAUGGAGCUGAUGAUCACACUGACCUUCCUGCUAGAGACUGGUCGCCUCACAGUUCGCGUUGGGGGAACGCCUUGAAAAGACUCCACAGUAUGCAUCGACCGAUGAUUGGCAAACUCAAGCUCUUUAUGGAUGAAGACUUUAAAAUUGCUGACACUUCCGAAGGGGGCAUCUACCUAGGGAUCUAUGACAAUCGAGAGGUGGCUGUGAAGCUCUUCCGGGAGGACAGUGCCCGCGGACGUAAGGAAGUCUCUUGUUUUCAGGGCUGCCCUGGCCACAGUAACUUCGUGACUUUCUAUGGAAGUGAAACCAACAAGGGCAGUUUCUAUGUGUGUGUGUCCCUGUGUGAGCGGACGUUGGAAGAGUUCCUGGGUGAGCCCAGAAAGGGACCUGUGGAGAACCGGGAAGAUACACUUGCCCGCAGUGUCUUGUUGUCUAUAUUUGAGGCCGUUCAAAACCUACACUCGCAUGGAUACGCCCAUCAGGAUCUGCAACCACAAAACGUCUUAAUAGAUUCCAAGAAAGCUGUUUGCCUGGCAGAUUUUGAUCAGAGUGUCCAGUGUUUGGGAGACUCACAGCCAGUCAAGAGAGACUUGGAGGACCUUGGACGGCUGGUUCUUUAUGUGGUAAAGAAAGGCGAGAUCCCCUUUGAGACACUAAAGGCUCAGAAUAACAAAGAGGCGGCAGAACUGUCGCCAGAUGAGGAGACUAAGGACCUGGUCCAACGCCUGCUUUCUCCUGGAGGAAAUGUAAAGAACUACCUGGUGGACCUGCUUGGCCAUCCUUUCUUUUGGACAUGGGAGAACCGCUACAGAACACUUCGGAAUGUGGGAAAUGAAUCUGACAUCAAAAGACGAAAUAAACAAAGUGAGCUUCUCAAACAACUACAGUCUGGGACACCCAAGCCUUCCCAAAGUUUUUGUCAGUGGAAAUCUAAGAUCAACAAAUAUGUUAUGGAAAGAAUGGAUGAUUUCUACAAAAAAAGACAAAAAGCUCCUUAUAAGAAUACUGUAGGUGACCUACUGAAGUUUAUUCGGAAUAUAGGGGAACACAUCGAUGAGGAAAAUAAUAAACAAAUGAAGGAAAAAAUUGGAGACCCCUCUCAUUACUUUCAGGAGACCUUUCCAGAUCUCGUAAUGUAUGUCUACACAAAACUAAAGAAAACAGAAUAUGAAAAACAUUUUCCCCAGACUCAAGCAAACUCCAGUGUGCUGGAGGCAGUGGGACCGAUGGGCCAAUAG